UAGCAAUCGAGCAUCUGAGAAAGACACGUCCUGUACGAUUUCUAUAGUUGUUUAUAGGGAUCACAAUCAUAUCUAUUUCCCCCAUCUCUUCAGUUAUAUUUUACCAAUGCACUGCAUAUAAUGCUGUUUCAUAUUCUACAUUUUGAUUUCUUUUUAAACCCGAUUAUCGGAUUAUGUUUUGCUCUUAUGGUGUGCUUCUUUAUUCUGAAGAGGGUGCAGAGUCGUCUACAGUCCCUCCCCGGGCCCACAAGAUGGCCAGUUGUUGGAAACAUUCCGGAUCUGGCAUUUACCCGCCAAACCUAUCGUCGUCUGCUGGAAUUUCGAGAUAAGUAUGGAGAUAUUGUCCAGCUGAGACUCGGUCCUAGUUUGACAGUGGUCGUAGUGUUUGGACACGAGUACCUUAACGAGCUUUUGGUGGACAAUGGGGACAAAACAAAGUUUAGGCCAAAUUGGCUCCAUUUACCCAAUAAGCUUUUUCAGAAAACAGGUGUUUUAUGGAGUAAUGGGGAAGAAUGGUAUUCUCUUCGAAAGUUUACCAUGAAUGCUCUUAAAGAACUUGGAUUUGGAACAAGUAAUAUAGAGGAGAGAAUCCUAAAUGAGGCUGAACACAUAAUCAAAGCUAUUCAAUCAUCGAACAAAGAUGAAGUAGACCUCAGAAAGUUCAUACCAAAGGCAGUUUCGAACAUCAUAUCAGGAAUUGUGUUUGGAGACAGAUUCGACUACGAGGACAAAGAAUUUAAAGAACUGCUGGAGAAUUUAGACUACAUCUUCAAACAUUUUGGCUAUCAGCAACCGUCCAUUUUCUUCCCAGCUUUGGAGUCGGUGGAUCUUAGUGCACAGAAAAUAUCAGAGAAUAUGGACAAAAUUUAUGAAUACUGUCAGCUCCAGAUCAAACGACACCGGGAAACAUAUCACCCCCAGAUUAUCCGCGAUUUUAUUGAUAUGUACAUCGAACAACUGGACACGGGGGUUGGAGAAUUAUCAGAGAGGAGUCUUUUUCAGAUAAUAUUUGACCUUUAUGCUGCUGGCUCAGAAACCUCUUCAACAGGUCUACUGUGGGUAAUUUUCUAUCUCAUCAAGUACCCGGUGGUUCAGAAAAAGUGCAGAUCAGAAAUUAAAAGGGUAAUUGGGCUUGAUGCCACUGUAAGUUUUUCAGACAAGGAAAAACUACCAUAUGUCACCGCAACAAUAAACGAGGUACAGAGGAUGUCCACCUUAGGUGCCCUGAGCCUCCCCAGAACUAGUUUAGAAGACGUGGAGAUAGAUGGCAAAGUGAUUCCCAAAAAUUCCGUCAUUAUUCCACAUAUCUACUCUGCUCAUUAUGACACAAGAUACUGGCAGAACCCGGAGGAAUUCAAACCUGAACGCUUUAUUGAUAAAGAAAGACAUAUCAUCAAACACAAAGCAUUCUACCCAUUUUCUAUUGGUCCCCGUGCUUGUCCAGGUAAACAACUGGGAGAAAUGGAGAUGUUUAUCUUUGCUGUUUCUUUAAUGCAGCAGUUUGAGUUUAGCUCGGUUAUCCCUCCUGAGGACCUCAGUACAGAGGGGCUCCAAACAGGGGUCACACUGGUACCAUCUCAAUACAGUGUCAGAAUCAAGUCAUCAUGAAGACAUGAUAAUACCAAUAACUGAACAUUCAACAGCAAAGGACUGGAGUUAAGCUGACAUGAAGUAGUGACACUGAACUAGUAUCGAAAUGGUUCUAGAUACUGAAGUGGUGAAAUUAAAAUUAAUUUACUGCAGUAAAUCAAAGCACUGUUUCAGUUAUAUGAUUUUGAGAAUUGAAUUUUUCUGUUUUAAGUAGCAAUUAUAAUUUUUUCAUGAUGAAUAUGAAUAAAUUAUUUUUUUGAAAACCA